GUUCACUGUUUUGUGGUGAAUUUAGUAGGCUCUGGAUACUCGCGUAGAGUAACGUACGCAGUUGGCGUUUGUUGGCAAUUGUUUUUCGCGUCUCGUUAUCUCACGGAUUUGUCGAGAUUUCUUGAAGAGAAAAACUAGUAACAUGUCUUGCUAUUGAUGAAUUGUAUACGUUUUCGGUGUGUUUAGGUGCUUACUCGAUGGCUAGUUUGGUGUUUUUCGGAUUAUGUAAUGUAGUAAAAAUGUUUUUGUUGUUAUCUUGAACAGGUGGCCCAUCGGUGGUAUAGUUUUUCGUGUAAAAUCGUGACUUUGCUUGACUUUGGGAUACGUCGUAGGAAGAUGAUCUCUGCGUAAUUAAUAUUACAAAGUUCUAACGAAUAAGUAUUUCGUGGGUUAGCUGAGGAAGGAACGCCUCUUUUUAUCGUCGGCUGUAAAGUGGAAUGGCACGGGCCGGUAUGGCGCUUAGGAGAGGAGGCAAUCAAGGAAAUACAGACGGUGCGGACGACGUUCAACGAUCCAUUGAACUCUUAGAUCGAGUGCUUUCCGAAUUCGACGAUGUGGAAAACGCCAACCAAGUUCAAAACACUCAACAAGUUAGCAACUGCGCCUCGACACCCUGCACCCUCAGGCAACCGAGUACCAACAGCUCGUCCACCCCCGAUGACGAAAGCCCUUCGCUUGACCAUCAAUCCGAGGACGAUGGCUACAUGUCAAUGAACGGUCGGAAACAGCCGAAAUUCAACCUUGCCUUUAAGCCCUUGGCCGAAGUUCCCGUCCAUCACGAAAACACGAAUAGCAGCUCGACCACAAUGCAUCCUGGUAACCCCAACGAUUAUCCCCCACCCCCGGAGGAAGCUCAGAGGCUUAUUGCGACCCUGUUACCGAUAGUUUCACCCGGCCAUAGGCCAAAAUCUGUCAUCCCUAAAUAUCAUAAUAAGAUGCCCAAAACCAGAUUGCCUCAAACUAAAAUUCCGCUCCGAACGGAUACGAUACCGCCCCCGCAGCGCUUUCAGAAUAGCCCAAAUUUAAAUGGUGUACAAGGACCAGUACAUAGCGCCACUGCCACGCAAACGACAUUGCCAAAGACGCGACAUCAGCGACCUUACGGCUGGGAAAGCAACGAGUUUAUUUUGAACCCUCCGCCGCCCCCAAGCGGUUUUCGUUACGGUAGCUUACCUUAUCAACACGGGCUGUAUCCCCUUACCUCACCCACGCGAGUGCCUCCUAGAACCAUACCCACCGCAUUGGAACGACACAGAGAGGUGCGAAGGCAUGGUAGUGAAGACAAUCUUUCUAGCGAUUUAGAAGAAACAAAUAAUCUGCGACCUCUUAGCGAACUGGCAGACGACGAGCACUUUUCUGACGAUUCAUUAGAAGAUGCUUUACCACCCCCACCCCCCCUUUGCAACAAACGGUCAAGUAUAGCUUGGGAAGUGGCUUUUGACGAUGAAGCUUUAUUAACCCCUGGUAGUACCAAAGUAAUAGGUAGAAGAAGAAGAAAAUCGGGAUCGCAUUCUAGUACUAGCUCUAUCCCAAGUAGGCUUAAGGAGUUAGAAGACUGGCCUGAUCCACCACCUUGUACAACUGAAGAUGAGGUAACGUCGCCCUUCUCAGAUUCAGAUGAUCAUUUGGUAUUGCCCGCAGAGUUAAAUUCACACAUCUCAGGAACCAGUACUUACAUUAUCCGGCGUGGGAAGAAAAAAGAUCGUCAAGCCGUCGUAGCCUCUUCAGCGACUUCAAUUUCGUCCGUUAAUUCACGCCUGAGUUCCGAAUUGAGCAUACCGGUGUCUCGACACAGCGUGGAUAUUCCUCCGGAUAUACUUAAUAAAGAUGAUCGGCUAACUCGUGAAUUAAAUACUCCUAAUUCGCGAUACAGCAUAGACCUCAGCACUCCCCACUCCAGACUGAGCCACGAAUUGAACUCACCAAAAUCAAGAUUUAGUUUAGAUCUAAACAAUUCACGACAUUUCAGUCAAGAACUGAGUAGUUCCCCUUCUCGUUUGAGUGCUGAUCUGUCUAGUUCGAGAUCUAGCACUCCAAGCAAGUACAAUACGGAAGCUAAAAAACACUCUACUACAUUUGACAAUAUCAAGUCUCUAAUAAGAGAAGGAGUUGUACAAAAUUAUGUUCCACCCUUGGAAGAACAAGCUGCAGAUCUCGAUAUGGGUCAGUCGUCAGUUGUAAGGGUUAUUUCAUUGCCGAGUUUGAAUGCUGACGAACUUACUCACAGCAGAAGGGAGUUAGAUAUAACUGUAGAAGAAGAAGAGGAUGGAGACAGUUCCCAGCAAAGUUCUGAAAUAUCCCCUUUACGUAAAAUUGAGCAAAACAUCACAGAGCUACUUGAAAGAAGAGACAUAGAACUGACACAAGAUGGAAAGUUUCUUCUAAAUGGGGUAGACAGUUUAAAUAAGGACAGAAGAGAUAAAAAGAAAGGACGAUCGACCAAAGACAGACAAGCCAACGAUAUACAGAAAUCAAGUAGCCACAGUGAAAUUCAAAAGUCUGAAGAUUAUUACCGGCAAUUGUUGAUUGAAGGAGGAACCCCUUUUCCGAAGCGAAGUGGAAUUCAGAAAUCUGAAAGCGCCAAGGAGAUGCUGAUAGCACAUAGAGAUCGCGAAACCCGCCUACCUACCUCUACGUCUGCGGACUUUCCUGUUCAUGUUGAAGUGCUUCAACAUGAAUUUCCCCCUCUUCCUCCCUCGCCAGUUGAAGAAGCGGAUGACGAGUACUCUGAAAUACUGAACCCGGCUCAAAAAAAGGCUGAUACUUUGCCUAGCUCUGCCGACAGUGGUCCAGUUGUUCCUCCGCAUGCGCAACAUACAAAUAAUUUUAAAACGAGAUCAAUGGAAUCGCCAUAUAGCAGAGGUAGACGAAAUAACUUCUACAUUUCCAACCGUUCAAACAUACCUCCAGAACGCAGAACCUUGCCAACUGAACUGCAAGAUUCGAAAAGGCGGCAUUUCCAGAAACGGUCAUCACAUAGUCCCCAGGAAGAACGCCAUCUGCAAACAUCUUGCAGUUUGCCUGAAACUCCGAUUUUUGCACGAGGUUGUGACAUUCCGAGGACUCCACACAGAAGAGCGCCCGAGAUCCCUGGCACUCAGUCUGCCCCCAGACAGAGCAACACAGUUGGCAGUUUGAACACUUUAGGAAACAUGUCGACCAGUAGCAGUUACCGUCGUCAGUUGUCCCAUUCUGGCCUUGAACAAGCUAUCGUGGGAGCCGACUUGCUUCGAUUGGCAGGGGGCCCCAACCGUGGUUGGUACCCCAAACAGAAAACUUCCCGCCGGCCCGCAUCUAUAGAGCACUUGGACAGAAUGUCGACCACGAAUUGGGAGAAUUCCGCGAGGAAACCUCAGACCCUUCCGCCUAAUCUCACUCCGAAGUUUUUCCAGAGAUCGCCGCGAGAUGCAUUGCGAAGGGUUACUAGUCUUCUGAUUCGAAAAGGUAAUAAUGGCAAAGAUACAAAAAAGGAUAAAGAAUUGGUGUCCCCUACCAUUCCGGAGAAUAUGGCGAUUCCAAGUGAGGAAACUCACAAAAAGAAGGGGUUUUUCAAAAGUUUUUGGAAAAGAUCAAGGCAUUACUCUCUAGAGCAGCACCAUUAAAAACGAUGCCGCGAUGGAAUAGUCAUUAAUAUAUUUCUGUACAUUUAUAAUUUGGAACUAACCAAUUAGUAUUGACAUUUUUAUCCUAACAAAAGCAAAAUGGCACUCACAAACCCUCUUAUUAAUAAAUGCGCCUGUAGAUAUUAUAUUUAUUACUAAUUUAUUCUAAUAAGGGAUAUCGUUUUUUGUUUCUUAAACUUUUGCGAAUAUUUAAUUUUUGAAAAACAAAAAACUACAUCUGCUUCUGUAACAUAACAAUUAUUAGUUCUGUGCAAGGUGUUUUUUUCUUAUCUUGCUUAGCAAUAUUUACUUGUGUAAAUCAAGGCAAAGGUCUUUAAAUUGCAGUUAAUUCAGGCAUCAGCGUAAUAAGCAAGUAACCCAUUUUGGUUCUGUAAUAUUGAAAUUUCAUUUAAAAAAAUUAAAAGGUUACUCAAAACAAUUCAGUUCAAUAUUCGUGAAAUUUUACGGUUUCUAAGCCCGGCCCUAUAAUGACAUGCAAUUGCCACUAACAACAAAAGUUGUUCACCUCCAAGGCAGUACUUAAUCGAACAAAAUAUAAUUUUGUGGGCUAAAUGACUGGCAAUAAACCCAUCUGGAAAAUCCAUUGAAUGCAAUGAUUUAGUUUUUGCAAUUGAAAGCCCCUUGAAAUUUUAUAUAAGUAAAGAAGAAAAUACUUUGGAUAGGUUUACACGUUUUGUAGAUUUUCAUCUUUCUAGACACUGCUGUGAAAUGUAUCUUGUUACUGUUUUAUUUGUAUACAGAGAUUCUUGUGAAUGUGUAAUUAUGGUUUAAUAAAAUUUACAAAUAAUGUAGUAAUUUUGCUUAUCCUGAGUAAGUUAUUUAUUUAUUUAUUCUGUCAAAGGUUACACCAUAAUGGUUUAAAACAUCUUUUUGUUUAGUGUUAGAAACUUACAGAAUCAAUGAAACCUAAAAUAUUUGUUUCUCAUUUGAUUGUUAAACUUAAAAACAAAAAGUAUACUAAUUUUGAUCUGCUGGCCAUCUAGAUGAACAAUUUUUGCCUGUGUCUUGUGAAUAUAAGAAACAGGUGCUUUUGGAUUCAACUUUUCUGCAUUAAGUGGAACACAAUUAGCGCUUUUUUAUUUCUAAUGUAUAACAAUCAGUACUUCGAGAUUGCAUUUAUAGAACAUUUAUCUACAGUAACACGUAAGCGUCUCAUAAAUUUUUAAAUAAAACGAUUAAUCUUAAUUCAUUUAUUUGCGGAAUUAUAUCGUAAAGUUGUAUGGCAAACAUCUAUUUAUAAAAGUGAGAUGAAGUUAUUAAUAUAUUAAAAUACAGGUGAUUUUGUGGAUUAGCGGCAUGUAGAAGUUAUUAUAUCGUUCAAAAAAUUGAGUAACUUUUAAACAUAGCAAACAUACUUAACACCAAAUGAUAAUUUUAAUAAAUAUAUGCAAUAACCUCAUAAAAGUGAAAUAAUUGCUUACCAAAUGGAAAUAUUUAUUAUACCGUCAAAGAAUUUUAUUUUAAUAAAACAAUUUUUAAAAUUGGUCAUUUUAUGAACGAAUCUACGAUUUUUUUUCUAAUUGUUAAAAAGCAUUCUUUUUCAGACUUAACUAAACUGAAUUCGGAAUAGAAGCAACAAGCAUUUAAUAAAAGAAAUACCCAUUAAUGAGAAAUUCGUAACAUUAUUUUUUUAGAGACGAAUAUGGUUUCAAAAUCUCUUUGAAGAUGGAUU